AGCCGACGAACCGGCGGCAAAGAGGCUCCGGGGUUGGUGCGGCGAUGGGGGAGGUGGAUGGUUAGCGUGGAACUGCAUCCGUCGUCCGCUCGGUAUGACCCAGUCUGUAGUGGUGCAAGUUGGCCAGUGUGGCAACCAGAUUGGCUGCCGAUUUUGGAAUUUGGUUUUACGGGAACAUGCAAACGUCAACAAGAAAGGCAUCUAUGAUGAAGCUCUCAGUAAUUUUUUUAGAAAUGUAGACACAAGAUACACUGAUGGAGGUGGUAUAAAUCUUCCUAAAGGACUAAUUCGAACACUCAAAGCUCGGGCAGUACUCAUUGACAUGGAAGAAGGUGUCGUUAAUGAAUUACUUCAGGGUCCAUUGAGAGAUGUCUUUGACAAUAAACAGCUUAUAUCAGAUGUAUCUGGUUCAGGUAACAAUUGGGCGGUGGGGUACAAACAGUAUGGUAAUCAGUACCGGGACCAUAUUCUAGAUAUACUGCGAAAAACAGCUGAACACUGUGAUUCUUUGCAAUGUUUCUUUUUAAUUCACUCCAUGGGAGGAGGGACUGGUUCUGGUUUGGGUACCUAUGUGCUGAGCCUCUUAGAGGAUGAAUUCCCAGAAGUCUACAGAUUUGUUACUUCUGUCUACCCUUCUGCUGAAGAUGAUGUUAUCACCUCUCCUUAUAAUAGUGUUCUCGCCAUGAAGGAGUUGACUGAACAUGCAGAUUGUGUUUUACCUAUUGAAAAUCAGUCCUUGGUUGACAUAAUCAACAAAAUCAAUCAGGUGGCCAGUUCUGGUAAAAUGGCAGCCGCAGUGAAAGUGCGAAGUACACUGGCCUCUAGUCAGACUGAAGUCAAAAGACAGGAAAAGCCAUUUGAUGCAAUGAACAAUAUUGUUGCCAACUUGCUUCUGAAUUUGACCAGUUCUUCCAGAUUUGAAGGGUCCCUCAACAUGGACCUUAAUGAGAUCACCAUGAAUCUGGUUCCAUUUCCACGACUUCAUUACCUUGUUUCUAGUCUAACUCCUUUAUACACCUUGGCUGAUGUAAACAUCCCUACAAGAAGGUUGGAUCAGAUGUUCACUGAUGCUUUCAGUAAGGAUCACCAGUUGAUGCAUGCCGAUCCAAAACGUAACUUGUACCUUGCCUGUGCACUUAUGGUCCGGGGAAAUGUUCAGAUUUCUGAUCUUAGAAGAAAUAUUGAGAGAUUGAAACCUUCCCUUCAGUUUGUCUCAUGGAAUCGAGAAGGCUGGAAAACGAGCCUCUGCUCAAUACCUCCUGUGGGUCACACACAUUCCUUAUUGGCAUUGGCCAAUAAUACUUGUGUUAAAUCUACCUUCACAGAUCUCAAGGAUCGCUUUGUAAAACUUUACAAGAGAAAGGCUCAUAUUCACCACUACCUUCAUGUGGAUGGAAUGGAACAAAGCUGUUUUACAGAAGCAACCAAUUCUUUGCAAUCUCUAAUAGAAGAGUACAACCAACUGGAUGCUACAAAAGGACAAAUAUUGAACAAUGUUCCUCGUCUUUCCAUUGCAAUGUAAAAUACAGGAUAAUGAAAUGCAAGAACUGUUAAUCCAACGUUAGACUUCCUGUAGUAAUUUAGUGUUGUAUAAUACGGAAAUAAUUGGGUACAUAGAUACAAACCUUGAAGGUUUAUUUAAAGUAACAUAUUGCUCAAGACAAAAAUAUGUCUGUCAAAAUUUUAAAUCUUGUGCAGUUUUUCUGAAUUAUUGCAUUAUUUAUUUCAAAGCACUUUUUUUCCAAUGAUGAAUUGAUAGGUUACCCCAAACAUAGUGCUCAUCUGAUGGUUAGCACAAGGAGCUUGGGAAGCUACUGUUAUCCAGCAGAAUCGUAUGGGUUCAGUCUAUGCAUGUUAGGAAAGACAAACCUGAAUCCCCUCUCCUCUCGGGUACUAUUGUGUGGGGAAAAAUUGUGGAAAUUAUGCUUGUUUAUGUCGUACCAAAAUACGGCUAGCAAUAGCUGUUGGUGUCUUGCACAAAUGAGUAGUUACAUGGCUUCCAUUCUGUUAAUACUUUGGUUAAAUGUGAAAAUGAACUACUUUUAUAAUAUAGCAGAGAACAAUUAAGGUCCAUGUAUAGCACACCAGUAUUGAUAAUCUUACGGAAGGAGAAAAACUGGCAAUUGAUUCUACCGUUGGGUUACAAUGUGUAAGAAUCUAUUUCUAGCAUUAUCAGUUCCAUAUUCGUACAGGCUUGUGAUUUUAUUGCUGCGCACUACAGGAAAUCAAACUAACACUUCACAGUAGGUUGAACUGCUUAGAUUCCUCAGUGCUGUGAAAUCAGUAUAUUAGAGCAAAGAUAUUUGUUUGCAAAUAAACACCUUUCUGGAUUUCAUUAA